AUGGAAGAUGGCUUUGAGUUUAUCGUUAAAAACAAAGGCAUCAACACUGAGGUGGCUUACCCAUAUCAGGCAACAGAUGGAACCUGCAACACCAAGGAAGAAGCUGUCCAUGCUGCCACCAUUACUGGGUAUGAAAAAGUUCCAGCCAACAGUGAAUCCGCAUUGUUACAGGCAGUCGCUAAUCAACCCGUAUCAGUUGCCAUUGAUGCCAGUGGCAUGGGUUUCCAGUUCUAUUCAGGUGGCGUGUUUACUGGGGAUUUUGGAACUGAUCUUGACCAUGGUGUUACAAGCUUGUUGAAUCAAAUGGAGUUAUAUGUGGUUGUGUAUAUACUUGCAAUCUUAGGCUUAGAUAGUCUACAAGGAAUCAUGCUGGAUCAAGGCAGCUGUAUUGAUACACGUUGUACUUUUUGCAGGAAGGGAUUCCAUGGGAUACAAAAGGGGACAUUUUGUUUUAAUUGCAAAAUAAUCAUUUCUGCACUAGGCUACUUGAUGCUGGGAACUUUUAUUUAUGUGCUUAUCGUUGAUGGAUCUACAUUCAAUGCCAAUGUAUUAUCAAGGUAUGAAAAGCUGCAACGGUGGGAUGAUGCCCUUAAAGCAUACACUGCAAAAUCUGCUCAAGCAACAAGUCAACAUCUUAUCUUGGAUGCUACACUAGGUAAUUCAUAUUGUAGUGUAUUUAUUCCAAAUCCCAAAUUCUUUGGAUGGAGAAAAGGGUCACAAGAAUUAUCGGAGCAGGGGUUCAAUAUUAGUCUUAAAGAAGUAUGA